AAUAACUACAACCGCAACCAUAUCCCGGUAACAUGGACUGAUUUUACAAACACACGACUGCAGAGAAACCCCCCCCCCCCGCCUUUCCAUGAUAGGACUUUGUCCGAGCAAACUGCAGCUGCAGACGUUACCACGGAACGUGUCAACCAAAACCGGAAUUCCUUCCGCUUAUACGCGUACCCUCACUGCCAGGAACAGUUGAGCCUCAAACACUGCUGCAACAAACGCUGCAAAGCUCCAAUUAUCCAUUCUUCCGCUACUUGUUUCACCUUGGCAUUAACCGACGGCUAA